GCGAGCUGUGUUGAGCUCAUUCAUCGUCUAUUUACACUUGUCUGUCUCUCUACGGUUCUCCUUCCUGCCCUGCUCGCUCGCACCGACUCGCCAAUGGCUCUCCGAACCCUAAUCGCCAGAAGGAUCAUCAAGGCACCGUCUCUUGGAUUGCGCGGUCUGCAGACGUUUUCGCUCCCCGAUCUUCCGUACGACUAUGGCGCCCUAGAGCCUGCCAUCAGCGCCGAAAUCAUGCAACUCCACCACCAGAAGCACCACCAGACCUACAUCACUAAUUACAACAAAGCUUUGGAGCAGCUCGACGAUGCAAUCAAUAAGGGGGACGCUUCUACCACGGUUAAGCUGCAGAGUGCCAUCAAAUUUAAUGGCGGAGGUCAUGUCAAUCACUCAAUCUUUUGGAAGAAUCUUGCUCCGGUGAAGGAAGGUGGAGGUGAGCCUCCGCAGGGUUCCUUAGCUGGAGCCAUUGACAAUCAGUUUGGCUCAUUGGAAGCUCUAAUCAAGAAGGUGAAUGCUGAAGGUGCUGCUUUGCAGGGUUCAGGAUGGGUGUGGCUUGGUCUGAACAAGGAACUGAAGCAUUUAGUAGUUGAGACCACUGCAAAUCAGUUCUCGAACCGGUGCCGACUCCCAUUUCAUUUUUCAGGAUCCACUAGUGACGAAAGCACCGAGCUUGGUUCCUCUGCUUGGUAUUGAUGUGUGGGAGCAUGCCUACUAUUUACAGUACAAAAAUGUCAAACCGGACUACCUGAAUCACAUAUGGUCGGUAAUGAACUGGAAAUAUGCUGGCGAAGUUUACGACCAGGAGUCAUCUUGAUUCAACGAAUGUCUGGAGUCGCUGUCACGGCAAUCUGAAAAGCUAUUUGCAGUCUAUGUUCUGUGUAUCCGUUACUGAGAUGUGAAAUAAAACGACGAGGACACUCAGGCAAGCCUUUCUGUUAGUUAACUCUUUGCCUGUCAGUUGUUCGAUAUGCAAAUAAAUGAAUUCUUUUCAGCA